AUGUCGUUGGGCUCUUUCAUAAAUCCGUUGAACUUUGACCCCCCGCAGCUGGAGUAUCAGAGGUACCUUGAGGAGAACUCCCCACGCUGGCACCAGCAGCUGAAGGACCAUACCCAGCGUGCAGAAAAGAAGAGGCUGGAAGCGCUUCUGAAAGACUUACUGAAGAGGGAAGAGGAACAUGUGACCGCAUCCUUCACUAGAGAGCGCUUCCCCCCCCCCCGAGAAAACACCCAUUGGCCUCAGAGAGCAACGUCUGAGCCCGAGGCGUUCUGCAGAGCACAUGGCCGCCCGGAGGCCUUCGUCCCCCAAACGAUGCCCUCCUCAUCUUGGCUCACUCAGGCUCACACGUCCCAUGAUGCCUUAUGCUUUCCUUCACCCACCGUGUUCCCGCCACCUCGCCCAUCCCCGGUUCACCACCAAACAUCUCCCCAGACAGGGCCUCCGCCGCGGGGGGCCCCUCAGACCAACGGGACCCCCCCCUCGGUGUCCAGUGAGGUGGGGUCCCCUCCAGGCCUCCAGGCGCCCGGGGCUCCAGGGGCCUUGGCAGGGCCGUCAGGUUGGGGUCGGGUGCUGGGCGGGGGGGCCGAGGCUGGGGCAGGUGGGGAACCCGAUGCAGAGACAUGGGGAGAAAACAGAAAAGGUGGAGGCAAAAGCUCGCCCCAAGAGCUGGACAUUAAACCAGUCCGUAUGUCCAGUGCCCACGGAGAGAGCAGUGAUGGCAGCAGGGAUUCUGGAGAUGGAAGGAGCCAAGGAGAGAGGAGGAGGAGAAGGAAGGAGGGAAGACAGCCCAGCAGUUCAGACAGAAAGAGCAGCUCCCAGGAGUCUGCUGGAGCCUCAAGGUCAGACUCUGAGGUCUUCAUCCCCCCCACUACGACCAGAGGGCAGAGAGCGACCAGAGGACCAUACAGCGGCACGCCAUCAGAGACAGAAAGCAGACGUGGGGGAAUGUCCGUCUGCGAGCGGAGAGCGGAGAAGAAUACACAAAGUGACCCGGACCAAUCGGGGAGUCACCAAGAGAAGAGCUGCAGAACCCUCAGAGUGAAAUCCCAGAGCGCGGCGGGAGAUUCCUCCAGUCACACGACAGAGGAUGAGGAUCCAACGGACCAAUCAGAGGGAAGCAGGAAGGAAUGCGGACAGCAGAAAGACUCUGUAAGUGUUAAAGAGAAGAGUAGACAAGAUCUGACCACAGAUGCGCAGAGAACUGGAGAGGAGGCAGCCGACGUCCAGGGAGACCAGGGGGGAACCGACGAAGACGCCAAACACACCGAUGAAGACUCUAGUAGUGAGGAUGAAGAAAACCGCCUGAUCGAGGAACAGGAGGAAGAGGAUGAGGAGGAAUCACACAGAGAGGAGGAUAAAGAGGAAAGAGGAGAGGACGAUGAAGGGCAGGAGUCGGAGGCCAGUGGAGAAGAGGAAGGCCGGGAGCAGACGGGGUCCUCUGACAGUGAGAGUGAAGGUGACGCCAUGUUGCGGGCCAAAGAGGAACCGGAGAAUAAGGAACGUCAGGCCGAGGUAGAUGAUGAUGGGAAGGAGCUGGAUGAGGAAGAGGAUGGAGGCGGGGGAGGAGUGUGCAUUUGUCAGCCACAGGAAGGGGAGCCGGAGGAAACAGAUUCAGAUGACAGCAUCGUCUUACCGCAGGAACACAGAUCUAUAAAGGUACAAAGUGUUUCUGAGGAGGAAGAGGCCAACAGUCGGGAGGAGGAAGAGGAGGGAGAGGGGACUGGAGGAGAUGGCUCAGUGGAGAGCUCAGACAGUGAGGAAGAGGAGGGCGAGGACAUUGAACGUCUCGUCGCACCUCGAGCGGAGACGGAGAGUAAACAAGAGAAUGAACUGAAAUCCCUCAACAAAACAAAAGUGGUAAAAGAAGACCCCCAGAUUGAGGAGUCUUUGUUGGAGCAGUCAGACAAACGGGUCCAGAAGGCUGAGGACACAGAUGAUGAGUUUGACCACUUCUAUGAUUGACAGCAGUACGAUACUAAACACAUCAGACCAAUGGCAAGUGCCUUUUGAUCAUAGAAAGGUUUUUAAUUGGGUCGGCUUAGUGGAGGUAGAGCAGGUUGGCUAAUAACCGGAAGGUUGCUAGUUUGAUCCCCGGCUCCUCCUAGCUGAAUGUAGAGGUGUCCCUGAGCAAGACACCUAACCCUAACUGCUCCUGACGAGCUGGCUGUCGCCUUGCAUGGUUGACUCCACCGCCGGUGUGAAUGUAUGCAUUAACCGAUAUUGCUUUGGUUAAAUGCGUCUGCUAAAUGACCUAAAUGUAAAUGUCACAAAUUUUAAUCUCUAUAGAAAUGUAUUUUUUGCUUCAGCUUUGAAGUAAUCUAUUCUUCAAAGAGCGCUAUGGUUACUUGCAUAGCAAUACUGGCUUCUCUAGAAGCCAAGCAGGGCUGGUCUAUCCUUGGACCGGACCCCAGCUGGCGCUGGUGGAGGUGUUAAAGGCAGAUUCACCCCUCUGGCCUCUCAUGUCCCCAACGACCCAGCACAGAGAAAGGGACUCUGUGGUAGAGCGCCAUCUUUCUACCCUCAUUAUCUAACAUUUUAUAGUGUUAUAGUACAGGUCCUUCUCAAAAAAUUAGCAUAUUGUGAUAAAGUUAAUUAUUUUCUGUAAUGUACACACACAACUGAAGUAGUUCAAGCCUUUUAUUGUUUUAAUAUUGAUGAUUUUGGCAGCCUGUGGCACUGCUGAGGUCUUAUGGAGGCCCAGGAUGCUUCGAUAGCGGCCUUAAGCUCAUCCAGAGUGUUGGGUCUUGCGUCUCUCAACUUUCUCUUCACAAUAUCCCACAGAUUCUCUAUGGGGUUCAGGUCAGGAGAGUUGGCAGGCCAAUUGAGCACAGUAAUACCAUGGUCAGUAAACCAUUUACCAGUGGUUUUGGCACUGUGAGCAGGUGCCAGGUCGUGCUGAAAAAUGAAAUCUUCAUCUCCAUAAAGCUUUUCAGCAGAUGGAAGCAUGAAGUGCUCCAAAAUCUCCUGGUAGCUAGCUGCAUUGACCUUGCCCUCGAUAAAACACAGUGGACCAACACCAGCAGCUGACAUGGCACCCCAGACCAUCACUGACUGUGGGUACUUGACACUGGACUUCAGGCAUUUUGGCAUUUCCUUCUCCCCAGUCUUCCUCCAGACUCUGGCACCUUGAUUUCCGAAUGACAUGCAAAAUUUGCUUUCAUCCGAAAAAAGUACUUUGGACCACUGAGCAACAGUCCAGUGCGGCUUCUCUGUAGCCCAGGUCAGGAGCUUCUGCCGCUGUUUCUGGUUCAAAAGUGGCUUGACCUGGGGAAUGCGGCACCUGUAGCCCAUUUUCUGCACACGCCUGUGCACGGUGGCUCUGGAUGUUUCUACUCCAGACUCAGUCCACUGCUUCCGCAGGUCCCCCAAGGUCUGGAAUCGGCCCUUCUCCACAAUCUUCCUCAGGGUCCGGUCACCUCUUCUCGUCGUGCAGCGUUUUCUGCCACUUUUUCCUUCCCACAGACUUCCCACUGAGGUGCCUUGAUACGGCACUCUGGGAACAGCCUAUUCGCUCAGAAAUUUCUUUCUGUGUCUUACCCUCUUGCUUGAGGGUGUCAAUGAUGGCCUUCUGGACAGCAGUCAGGUCGGCAGUCUUACCCAUCAUUGCGGUUUUGAGUAAUGAACCAGGCUGGGAGUUUUUAAAAGCCUCAGGAAUCUUUUGCAGGUGUUUAGAGUUAAUUCGUUGAUUCAGAUGAUUAGGUUAAUAGCUCGUUUAGAGAACCUUUUCAUGAUAUGCAAAUUUUUUUAUAGGAAUUUUGGGUUUUCAUGAGCUGUAUGCCAAAAUCAUCAGUAUUAAAACAAUAAAAGAGCUGAAAUAUUUCAGUUGGUGUGCAAUGAAUCUAAAAUAUAUGAAAGUUAAAUUUUUAUCAUUACAUUACGGAAAAGAAUGAACUUUAUCACAAUAUGCUAUUUUUUUGAGAAGGAUCUGUAUAUAUGCUAUGAUUUAGAUUUAUGAUAGUACUUCCAUACUUAUGUGGGUUUACCUUAGCAUCCAGCAUUAUCAGAUAAAUAAAUAAACAGUUUACGUCCUGUUCACCUGGCCACCUGAGACAAAGAUACAUUUUUUUGGGAGACAUACUGUAAGCAUGUCUUUUACCACAGUUGUGGUAUCUCAAAGAAAAACAGAACAAGUAAAGAAAAUAAUUUAUUG